AUGGGUGUUCCACAAACACCAACCCCUUCUCCACAUCUAUAUCCACAAGAACUUCAGCUUAAACUUUACCAGGCUUUCAUAUUCUCAAUUCCCAUACUCUUUUCCAUUAUUUUGGUUCUCUUGUUUUACUUGUUCUACCUCAAAAGAAGGGCUUCCUCUCUCUCAUCAUCACCUCCUCUUCACAUACUUCACUCUAAUCCUAAUCCGCAAGCUACGUAUACCUACCCUUCAUCACCUUGCCGUUUGAAUCUGACUCUGCAAUUUCUAGACAAACUUCCAAGAGUUUUAUUUGAUGAGGAUUUGAGAACAAGAGAUUCGGUAUGUUGUGUUUGCCUUGGAGAAUUUGAGCUGAAGGAAGAGGUGCUACAGAUUCCUGAUUGCAAGCAUGUGUUUCAUGUAAGCUGCAUACGUAACUGGCUGCAAUCAAACUCCACGUGUCCACUUUGUAGAUGUUCUAUCAUUCCCUCUACCAAGUUCCUUAAUCAAACACCACCUAUUGCUUCAGACCCACCCCAACAAGUUGCUAUUUCAGCCUCUCCAUCACAUAUCAUAUCAUUGCCUCCUCAACAAGAAGAUGAAGCUAGUGCUUCCACAAACAGUACCAUUUACCAAGGGAAUUGUGAUGUAUUAGUUAGAUAA